AGAGUUAAGGUUGAAUUCUUCACCAAUGAAAACACCUUCAAAGAGAGAUUACAAAUUUAUUUUUUGCAGAACCAAACAACAAGCCUACGAAUAAGAAUUUUCAAUCUGUUCAUAAAACUGCUUUCCUGCGUUCUGUAUGUGGUCCGAGUGCUUCUAGACCAACACUCAAUUAAUAUUACAGAUGCUUCCUGUAAUAAAUAUGUACGAAUAACAGACCUUACAAAUGAUGCCAUGUUAAGCUGCCAUACAGUUUCAAUGAAUGCCAUCUUUUGGGUGAACAGAAAUGCUUGGCUCUGGGGUAUCCAGGUCUGUGUGGCCAUCAUCAGCUUUUCUGAAACAUUGCUUGUCACAUAUAUCAGUUAUAAGAUUUUUCAUCUUCCACUACGAAACCUGUUUAUACCAGUGUUUUUAAAUUGUUGGCUAGCCAAGAAAGCCUUGAACAACAUGUUGAGCGAUCUGCAUCGAGUGAUGCAGAAGUCCCAAUCAGCGUUGAGUCAGCAGUUGAUCUUCCUGGUAGCCACCAUCUCAUGCCUUGUAUUUACUAGUGUUUGUGGCAUUCAACAUCUGCAGAGAGCCAGCACCAAACCUCUUACUCUGUUUGAUUCCAUCUGGUUUGUUACAGUGACAUUUUCAACGGUGGGCUAUGGCGAUGUCUAUCCAGAUAUCUGGCCCAGCAAACUCUUCAUGAUUAUUCUUAUUUGCUCUGCAUUCAUUGCACUGCCAACGCAGUUCGAGCAGUUGGCUUUCACUUGGAUGGAGCGGCAGAAGAUGGGAGGCAACUACAACCGCAGGUCGCAGACGGAAUGUCACGUCGUCGUUGUUGCAACUGUCCUGCAUGCUGACACCAUCAUGGAUUUCCUCAACGAGUUCUACACGCAUCCUGAAGUACAGAGUUACUACGUGAUACUGCUGUCUUCUGGUGAUCUUGACCCUACCAUGAAACUCAUACUCCAAGUACCAAUUUGGGCUGCACGUGUCAUUUAUAUAAAGGGAUCGGCUCUUAAGGAUUCGGACCUCUCUAGAUGCAGGUCGAUGCAACACGCUCAGGCAUGUUUUAUGAUAGCUGCAAGGACCUAUUUGGACAAAACUGCUGCAGACCAGCACACGAUUUUGAGAUCGUGGGCCGUGAAGGACUUUGCCCCCCGCUGUCCCCAGUAUGUACAAAUAUUUAGGCCGGAGAGCAAACUUCAUGUCCACUUCGCAGAACAUGUUGUCUGCGAGGACGAAUUCAAAUAUGCACUGCUGGCGAACAAUUGCUUGUUUCCCGGCAUGUCCACCCUGGUAACUCUCCUGCUGCACACUUCCAGAGGAGCUGAGGGUCAAACGGCUCGCGACGAAUGGAUGCACCUCUAUGGCUACUGCAGUGGCAACGAGAUAUACGACAUCCAGCUAUGCAAGAGUCAAUUUUUUGGCGAAUAUGUCAAUAAGUCAUUUACGUAUGCUUCCUUCCACGCUCACCGCAAAUAUGGUGUUGCUCUGGUUGGAAUAAAAGUGAACCCUGAUUGCGGAUCCAUCUUGUUGAAUCCGGGUCCCCAUCACAUCAUGCAGCCUGAAAACAUUUGCUUCUACAUGUCCAUCACCAAGGAAGAAAAUUCGGCAUUUGUACUUGCCCAUCCAAAUAUAAGCAACCAUUGUCAUCUUUCUUCACAACAAACUCAACCUCCUCUUUCCAAAAACCCUCCAUUUAAAAUGAAAACUCCUCUUCUUUCUUCUGAAAUUUUGAACGAACCAACAUAUUAUUCUUCCGUUCAUCAACACCAAGAUGCAACGAAUAGCAUUAAUUCAGUGGCUGAACCAAGUUCAGCGCCCGCCGUAAUGUUCAAUUCAACAUCAACCUCUACGCCAAAUUUCCAGACUUCACAGCAUCUCCGUAAACCCAAGUUUAUUUCUUUUUCUACAUUUAAAUGCGAAAGUAACAAAUCUAACUGCCUAGCGGCUCCUCCCAUGGUUCUCUAUAAAUCUUAUGCCAAGCCUGCUAACCUGGCUUCCGAGGAGAACUCUACAAGUGAGUUGGACGACGACGAAGUAUUGUACGAUCCUUCAGACAAAGAUGCUGAUGAUGUAGAAAUUUUUUGUGGCUUUCCUCCUGUUACUCCGUACAUUGGAACGACUCAAACACUCUGCCAUCUCGUUAAGACUGCUCGUCCUCUGUGCUGCCUCCACCUUACUAAGACGUGUGAUCAUUGCAAGUACAAGCAAGCGUUGGAUUACAAGUGGGCCAAUAAGAGCAUCAUCGUGGCUGCCGAGAAUGCCAACAGUGCACUUUACAACUUUGUUGUUCCUCUGAGAUCGCAUUCGAGGCCCAUGAGGUCACUUCAUCCCAUUGUUCUUCUACUGGAAGAAGAACCCAAGCCAACAUUCCUUGAAACAAUGAGUCACUUUCCUAUGGUUUACUGGAUGAUUGGAACCAUAGAAAACUUAGAUGAUCUGAUCCAGGCUGGCAUUCACAAGGCCUACUGCGUUGUGGUGGCUAACAAGGAGAGUUCCAACGCUGGCAAGGAGGACACGCUUUCUGAUUGCAACACUAUCGUUGCCGUUCAGUCUAUGUUUAGAUUGUUUCCCAAUGCCAACAUCAUCACCGAACUCUCCCUGGCUCCCAAUAUGAGAUUCAUGCAGUUCAGAGCUCAGGACAACUAUGCACUCGACCUCUCCAAAUUAGAGAAGAAAGAGAAAGAGAAGGGCUCCCACCUCUAUUACAUGUUCAGGCUCCCUUUCGCGGCUGGUAACGUUUUCACGUCUAGCAUGUUGGAUACUCUCCUGUACCAGGCAUUUGUGAAAAAUUAUCUGAUAAAGUUCGUUCGUCUGCUCAUUGGCAUCGACCAGGAAGUGGGAUCUGGACAUCUGUCAUCAUUAAGCUUGAUAACAUCAUUCCAGAUCCGCCUGUCAGAAUCCAAUCUGAAUGUCUGCACGUAUGGCCGUUUAUAUCAGAAGUUGAGUUCGACAACGUUUCAGGUGCCCAUCGGGAUAUACAGGACUGAGAAUCAAGAUAAAUGGUCCAUCUUCCACGUCAUCAACACCCUGAGCAAAAAGGACAGCCAAGACAAUGCAGAGAAAGAGAUUGAGCAGAUGAUAAAAAACAGACUCAUCGGGCUUGGUCUGCCACUCAAGCAACAAACAUCGAUGAGCAGCAACAGGAAGGACAUUUCAUACGUCAUCAUAAACCCUGGCUACGACACACAACUACACGACAACGACAUCAUAUAUGUUAUAAAGCCAUAUUCCUUAUCACCAUACUUCGGUAGAAAACUGACUGACUGUUAGUCAGUCAACAUGAAGAGCAGAUGUUUCAACGCUCCAUCGUUACAAUACCUAUCAUUUAAUUUUAUCAUUUUAAUGUUUUUUUUUACUCAAAUUAUUUUCUCCACCAUUGAUUGUUGUUUUCUCGUCUUGUUCGUUGCACCAAAGGCAUUCAGUCGAAUGGAGAUCGUGUCAAUAUCUCCUCCGCCAUCAGCUUAUACAUAGUUUUAUACUUCGUCCGAGUAGGUCCGCAAUUAUUUUAAAGAUUUAAAAGAGCGACAACGCAUGUUAAUUUAGAAUAUAUUUUCUUAAAUCAUUCUUUUUUACAAUUAAAUUUAAUAUUCAUAAUUUUCUUCGUCAUUUUAGGAGCUCUUCUUUUCAAUUCAGACGUUUCAAAUAUAUUCUUGUCACCUUGAUAAAACACAGCAUAUUUAGAUUUUCUUUUCACUGAUGUAUAUGCUUAAGACUUAAAUAUUCCUGCAGUUGCUAAUGGAAUUCUCCUGUCACUUUCGUUUCAUACAUUCCUAGUACAGACACAUUCAUUGUACGUUUAAUUUAUUUGUGAAUUCGUCUUGCCAUUUCUUAUAUUGAAUAUAUGUAUGAAAAAUU